GGCCGCAGCCCGCAUUACGCUUCCAGGGCCUGCGGCAGAGGUGGCGGGUGCGCCGUGGAGGGGAUGGGGCUCACUUCAGCCUCUGCGUUUCUUCUCGCUGCCCCGGCGUCUCCUCCCCUCCCCCGGCCGCGGCCCCCGUUAGGCCGCGCAGGGUGAGCGAGGGCGCCGACCGGCGACACCUCGCGGGGGACUGGAGCGGAGGGAGCGGCAGGGGGGUCCUGAGGCGAGCGGCGCUCGUCCCCAGAGCGCACCAGCCCCCGCCGCCGCGGGACUGCAGCUGGGACUGAGCUCCCCGAGCCCCCCGGGACCGGCAGCGGCCGCUCGGCCCCACAGCCCCGCGUGCCCGGGUAUCCUCGGAGCCCAUGGAGGGCAGCGACGUGGACAGCGAGGGGCCGGCAAGGAGGGGCAGCGAGGCUCGGCGUCCAGGGCACCCCGGCGGGCAGGGAGGUGAGACGGCCGCCCGCUGCCCCGAGCCGCUGUCCAUUGCUGAAGCGCCGGGCGAGGGCACCACGCUGCCCGCCUGGAUGCGCCUGUACUUCUACGGGAUGCACGGGAUCACCCUGGACGUGCUGGUGUCCUCAGCGCAGCGCUUCGCUCGCAGCCCGGACCCGCGGAUGCUGGGCUUCUCCUCGCCCUACCGCUGCCUCUUGCACUCGCUUACUCACUUCGCCCUGGAGAAGCUCUACCUGCAGCAGCCCCGCUGCCCCAGCGCCUUCGUCUUCAAUUUCCUCCUGUACCCCUCGGCCCAGGUGGGGCUGCAGACCCUGGCGGGUCAGGCGCUGCUGCUCAGCUUGGGGGGCGGGCCGGGGGGCGCGGUGGCGCUGGGGGCGCUGGAGCUGGAGCUGGCGCUGCAGUACGUGCUGGCGCUCUACCAUGGCCAAGUGUUCCUGAAGCGCUUCCUGCGCUUGCGGUACCACAGGCAGCGGCGGCUGCAGCAGCAGUGCAGGGGCACGGGGCCUGCCCCUCCUCCUGGAGCCCGGGUUCCCGCAGCAGCCGGAGGCCGGAGGCGACGACCCCGUGGCCCCAAGGGCGCCAGAGGAGCCUCUAGCCAGGGACUGCCCGACCUGCUCCGCUUUCUUUUCUUCGGAAUGCACGGCUUUCUGGAUGAGAUCUUCUUUACCUUCUUCUUUAAUGUGCUGGGACAGGGGGACGGGACGAGCAGCGGCCACACGUCGCUUUGGUCCUUCUUAAUGUAUGGCAGCUGCAGUUUUGUGGUGGAAAAGCUCUACUUCCACCUCCACCGCAGCCGCGGCUGGGGCACCUGGAAGCGGGUGCCAGUGUACGUGAUCUUCAUCUACGCCUGGGAGUUGUCCUGGGGUCUGGGACUUCGCACAUGCGGGGCUUGUUCCUGGGAUUAUUCUCAUUAUCCGCUCAAUUUCAUGGGCCUCAUCACCCUGUUGUAUUUACCUGGUUGGAUAUUUCUUAGUGUAUACCAGGACCUACUUUCCAACGUGUUGUGGCGGGUGCAGUAUGUACCAGCUAACUGAGACCAGAUAAAAAGAAAAGAAAAAAAAGUCAUUGGAAUCCCACAAAUGAAUGCAAUUUAUUUUUACACAUUUUAGUCUUAAUUUUUAUACAUUUUACUAAACUCUUCCAACCUGUUUUCUUUGAUACUUUAGUUUUUCUGAGCACUUGGAACAUAUGUACAAUACUUUGAAAUACUGUACUACUCGAAAAUCAUUGAAAGUACUUACUAAUAUUAAUAUUUUAAAACCUUUACAAGCCUAGACAGCAAAACCAUUAUACCUUAAUAUCAGAACGCUGUAGUAUGCACUUGUCUGGAUGCAGAUGGGUGAUAGCUAUUAAUUUUUCUUUUUUAAUAUAGAAGUUCUUCAAAUCAGAGACCAGUAAUUUUUAUAAGAUUUAGAGCAGUUUUAUUUUCUUUUUAAUCCGAUUUUAUGUUAAUUUCUUGUUAUAUUUACCAAUGACAGCUGAAACUCAUGUCUUGUACUUCUGAAACUGCAGUUUAUAGCUCUUAAAGUGCCUCUGUCUAGCAUACAAGUGAAAAGGAGCUGACAAAUGUGAAAAAAAAGUCCUAUGAACAGAUUUUGAAAUGAGAAAUCUUUUCUAACUACUCAAACAGGUGACACUGUGUGUAGAUAUUUGAUCACUGUCCUGGCAAUGAUUGCUCUCCAAUCCUUCGUUUAGCCUUAAACACCAAGUGUGUGCAUCAGAUCCUGUGUUAUCUACAGCUGUAAACUUUUGUUACUGUGCAAUAAUGUAAAAAUUUACGCUACAUGCCCCAGGGCCAAGUGAAAUUAUACCAUCUUCAAUAGUGUUUUAAUGCUAAGGUACAUUUUCUACAUGGAGAUUCAAGCACAGAAACAGUACCUUGGAAUAAAAUGAACCUGAAUGGUAACACUAAUUACCUUAGGCCUAAUUGUUUUCUAUGAUUACAGAUAUGUGUUUUCAGCAUAUUUCUGCCAUGAUUCAUUUUUAUACAUUUUUUUCUUUCUGGGCUCAGAGUUCUUGGGCCAGGCCUGAUGUGGUCAUUUGCUUUGUAAAUCAAUAUCUUUUUGGUGGCUUCUUAAUAUCUGGAAGCCCCAAAGUUAAAUGAGAUGAUGGAAACCAUUUUUAAAAAUCAUGUCUAAUUAAUUAAUGAGGUACUAUGAGAUUGUUUGCUGUUUCACUAUAUUUGGAAAAGACAAAUAGAUUGAGCGUGGUUGAGUCAAGGAUGACGAAUACCUUCUCAGCUUUCCAUACAAAGAUAAUUAGGAAAACUGCAGAGUGUAUUAAUGAGUAGGUCCCUGUUCAAAUCAUCCAUCCACUUGCUUACGCUGUGAAAGGGACAUUUUCCUGUUUCCAAACAAUAUUUGCUAUGAGAAUAGAAAAGAUCAUGUAGAUUUAAGUCAGGCAUAGUUCUAAAAGUAUUGUGUUAUUUUAACUCUCUCUCUCUCUCUCUCUCUGAGGCUGUGAGCUAAAUUAUAAAUAAUGCUGCACACUGAACCCCACCCGUGAAAUGGUUCAUGCCAAGCUGAUUAGUCAGUUAAAGCUCAGUGGAAAUUUAAAAGUAACGUGGCUGAGAAUUUCACUGAAGUUCUUAAUGACACUUAGUCACAGGCCAAAGAUUUCCGAAAAUGCUGGGGAGAAAAUUGUCUAAGCAUAGACACUAAGUUAGGCAGAUGCUGAGCAAGAUCAAAUGUGUAACUGAAAUAUGACACAUGCACAUGAACCUAAUUGUUAUGUGGCACCACUUCACACAACAUGGUUCCAUGAAUAUUUUACUAAAUCCAUGGCUUCUAGAAAUAUUUGCACUAUACCUUUCACAUGCUGCUCCUCCAUUCUGCCUACCUGCCUGCCAGCAUUCUCAGGAUCAAAACUCCAUCAAGUAAGAGAAUAUGUCAUUGUAUCUUGCUUUUAAUAAUAAUCCUGUUAAAAGGAAGGUCAUAUUUUUCAUUCAUUCAGUUCAUUUGAGAAAUAAUUUUUGACCCUCCAUCAUUUGCUAGGCCCUUCUCUAGAAUCUGGGAUACUGCAGUGAGCCAACAUAGACAAAAUCUCUCUCUUUGCAAAGCCUACAUUCUAGUGUUUUGAUUUAUGUGAGAUUAUACCUACUGGAAAGGCUGCUGUUUUCACAAUACGCUAUGAGACGCUGUGGUUAUGAAGACUGUCAUCAGUACUGUCCCUGGAAUAUCAAUCCAUCAUCCCUAACAAAAGUCCAUUAACAGUCCCUCUACAACUUCUACAAAGAGCCAGUUAUGUAUCCAGGAAGCCAUUAGCCUAUUAAACCAACUUGCUUUAGGGCAGGUCUUCUGUGUUUACACAACUUAACAGAGACAUUUUGCUGCAACCUUUGAACUUUUAAGGGAAAAACAGAAAACAAGGAACUAUCAGAUAAUUUAAUUUUGUUACUCAUUAGUAGUUAAGAUACAGAUCUGAUAAGGCAAUGUAAUGAUAGUUAAUAUUUACAUAGCAUUUACCACCUGCCAAGAACUGCUCUAAGCUGUUUAUGUAUAUGUAUUUUGAUAUAUAUAUAUCAAAAAUUAAGUGGUUAUAUACAGAUAUACCUUGAGUGAAUAUAAAUCUUAUAUAUCAUAUUUUUAAAAUAAAUUAGUAUAUGUGUAUUGUAUUCACUUAAACUUCUAACAGCUCUCAUUUUAUUGAAGACAAGAAAAUUGAAACCCAAAUAGAUCAGGUAACUUUCUAAGUCAUAUAGCUAUGAAGCAUUUAGAUUUGAGUCCAGGUAUGUGGGAUUCCAGGGUCAGUUCUUAGAAGCAAUGUGGUUAUGUGCGAGGAGGCUACUGGGCAUAGUAAUUUUGGAUCGCUUAUGGAUUCCACUUCACAGUCUGUAUUCAGCUCUGCCAGUAUUACAGAUGCAAGGGUAGCUGUAUAAAAAGCUACACACUGUUACACAAAGAUGCUUUCAUGUUGCCCUGUUUAUUUUAUGGUAAGUAGGAAGGGAGCUAAUAGCGGAAUACAUUGCUGACAAUCAGCUUAAUUCUGCUCCUCAGAUGAUGCAUCAUUACAUCCAGGCGGUGCUCAGAAAUAGAGUUCCAUGUUUAAAAUUGAUAAUUUUGAGUAUAAAAAUAUAAGAAUAAUAAGCUAAGAUGUAAGAUACCUCAUAUCAUAAGCUACUAAAAACCUAUAAUUAUUGCUAUACAUAAAAUACAGUGUUCAGAACAACUAUCAUUAUAAGACCUAAGCUACCAAAAAUUAAAUAUUUUACACAGAUAUUUAUCCUGCAUUUUAUUAAAUACCUGAGUCUAAAAAAAGUUC